AUGUCGGAUAUAUAUCUUAGUAGUUACGAGCUUGAUAGUGAGUUGAAAAAUCAAAUAUCUACUAUAGCUUUACACGCUAAUCACGCUUAUUUCGGUACAAAGCAAGGAACGAUUUUUGUUUACGAGUAUUCUGAGCUCAAGAUCAAGAACCCUUGCGUGUUUAUAAAAUCUGCAGCUUUAGCUUCAAAAUCGCCGGUCAAGCGAAUAUUUUGCAUUCCUUUUCUUGAUGCUAUCCUUGUUCAUCAAGAUGAUCGAGCAUUUCUUUGCCAUGCUACGAAUCUUGAAUUGAUCCACCCAUCCUCUUCUCUCGACCGCGUUGUUGAAAUUUGUUACGGGGGGCACUGCAUUGAAGAAAAGUCUACUUACCUUGUUAUUACAAACACUCACCUUCGACUUUUGUCAUUGCAAAAAGAUGGCACAUUAUUCCUUCGUAACGAACUGAAAUAUCCUAAUGUACAAACGGCAACAGUUCUUGGAAACAUAGUUUGCCUGGUGACAGAUCAAUCCUUCGAGCUUGUAGACAUCCUUACGAGCGAAAGUAUUCCUCUUUUUCCUAUAAUCAAAAAUGAUUCAGAAAACCACGAACUCUCAUACAAGCCAAUGAUUGUCAGUCAAAAUAACGAAUUUCUAUUGAUUACAGGAAGUCCGAAAGAUGCCAUUGGACUUUUUGUUGACAUCAAUGGUAACGUUACUAAAAGCACUCUAACGUUUUCUUUCUAUCCUAAAGAUAUUGUUGCUACUUCUCAUUAUGUCUUUGCUCUAGCCCCUAAUAUGUUACAAAUAAUUGAUGCCAAGACUUUGCAAUUAGUUAAGAACAUCACUUUUGAUGUCGAAGAGGAAGCCUUGUCACUCAUUUCCUUUGCAGCCAAUACUUACUUUUGUGAUGAAAAAAUAUUGAGAAAACUCUUCACUACUUAUAGAUACGAAAAUCCGUCAGAGGAAUCUUCCUCCGCAAUGAUUGAGAAGUGCUGUUUAUUGAAGCCCGUUAUUUUGUUUGCAUCAAAAGACACAUGGGGUUUUGGCUCUGAAUCAUCUUAUUUUGAGAGAUUGGAAAUGAGCAUAACUUCCGGAGAAAUUGAAGCUCCCCUCCGUCGAAUGAGUAAACGCUUAAAAAGUCCUGAGAAGUAUCAUAUGGACCAUGAGGCGGCCAUUUUACAGUACACAUAUUUGGAGCAAAUGGCAGCUCUGCAAUACUGGAAACAAGGACAAUAUGAAAAUUCUUUGUCAUUACUUGAAACCUCAAAGGUUGAUCCAAGAGUAGUAAUCUCUUUAUAUCCUGAUGUAUAUGAUGACCGCAUUACCUAUAGUACUUUUCAAGGAAUACGAGAGUUUCUUGCAACUUUUUCUCCAGUAAAUCAAGCAAUUGUUUCUAUGCUAUCCUUAAAUGAUCUUUUUCGGGAGACAGAUGAAUAUACUCAGAAACAAAUGAUCGAGAUCACGAAGGAAAAUGCAUACAUUAUGCUGAUGCGCUACUUGAAAAACUAUAAACGAAACGUUAAUUUAUUCGAGUAUUUAAUUUCUUCGAAAAGUGACAUCGCUCUUGCUGUGGAUCAUGUAUUAUUGAAUUUAUAUUUGAGCAUGGAAGAUGUGGCAGAAGGAACCAAAAAUGCUGAAGAACUCAUAGAGUCUGGUCUGACAAACCCUGAUGACAUUAGACAUUUACUUUCUGAAAAACAAGAAAAUUACUUGCUGGCAAUACUAUUGAUGGGAAUGCAUAAAGAUUCUGAAACGUUAGAAUUGUGGAAAAAGCUGGUUUUAGGGGAAAUACAUGAUGAGCGAUCUCAAAAUGUGAUUACCAAAAUGCGAGUAUGUUUAAUGAAAGAUAUUGAUCUUUCUCUCUUUUGGAAGUAUGCGAACUGGUUAUGUUCUGAAAACACUGGCGAAGGAACUGGACUUUUGCUAGACAAAACGCGUUGUGGUUCUAUAUCAGGUGACGAUGUCUUAACUAAUCUAAGUACAUCAAACGAUAGUGUUUUAAUUGAGUACUUGGUCAAAUCAAAUUCAGUAGCACAUCAAGAAUUGAUAUUGGAGCUUUGCGUGAAUAAAUUACUAGAUGGCUUUGUGAGACAUGAAGAAUAUCGGUGCCGAUUAGAAGCUUUCAUUGAUGAUUAUCGAAGAUUCCCUUGUUUGGAAAGGCCGAUAUUUGCGCAGUAUGUGGCUACCCAGUUUGGUAAUAUGAAUGAUUGCGACAAUCAUCUCUCAUUUUAUUAUUUGUAUUCUAUUAGCUUGAUGGAAAACUUGGAUGAGGAAGCAAUUGAUAAUUUUGAACUUUUUCUACAAACUAAUUCUUCAAAACGACUCGGUCUAUUUCCUCAGCUACAGCAUACGUUUUGCCAUAAGAAGGGUAAGUAUGAGGAAGCAUUGACUGUUUUAAUAGAAUGCGUGAAUGAUUAUAAAGGCGCAGAAUUGUACUGUCAGAAAAUUGAAGAUGUAUACUCUACUUGUUGGAACACUCUCUUAAAAAGAAGCAUAUCCACCGGACCGUCAUGCAGUGUCUAUGUUCAAGAUUUGUUGCAUCGCAGAGCGUCAUAUUAUUCACUUUUGUUCGUGACCAGCACAAUUCCAGAUGAUUGGAAUCUCAGUUGCGUUGCAGACUAUUUGUGUGUCCUCCAAAGAAAGAAUGCACAGCGAUUACAUGAAUCUCACGUAAAGACUGCUUUGGUGAAAACUGUAUCAAGGCAAACAGAAUCAUUGUUUUUGGCCGUAAAUCGAAGAAAUGUUACAUUGAAGAAGCCACCAAAUCACAGCAAUUUCUAA